AUGGGGACUGAAUUACCCUCCUCCUCAUUUGCCUCUUCUUCAAACACACAAUGGACAUAUGACAUUUUUCUCAGUUUUCGAGGUGAGGAUACUCAUAAGAGCUUUACAGAUCAUCUAUAUGCAGCUCUAGACCAAGAAGGUAUUUUCGCCUUUAGGGACGAUGAAGAGCUUGACAUAGGACAACCGAUUUCAUCAAAACUCAUGGAAGCAAUUCUAGUUUCCAGAAUCUUGCUUGUUGUUAUCUCAAGAAACUAUGCUUCUUUGACUUGGUGUUUGGAUGAACUCACUGCAAUUGUUGAGUGCAUGGAAGAUAGGGGGCAGAGAGUGUUUCCGAUAUUCUAUGAUGUAGAUCCAUGUGAUGUAAGGAAACAGACUGGAUGGUUUGAACAAGCCUUUGUUGUACAUGAAGAGCGCUUCAAGGAUGACUCGGAGAAAGAAAAGAUGCAAAAGUGGAGAGCUGCUUUGACUCGAGUGGCCAAUCUCUCUGGAUUUCACUUACAGAAUAGGUAUGAGUCAAAGUUUAUCCAAGAGAUUGUGGGAAAGAUAGUAAAUGAGCUGAGCAGCACAAUCCAACAGCCUCAUUCGGAUGAUCUUGGACUUGUAGGAAUUAACUUUGGUUUGGAGGAAAUAAUGAAGCUAUGUUCAGCUACAGAUGAAGGGAAUGAUGUUGUAUUUGUAGGUAUAUGGGGAAUGGGUGGGGUUGGCAAGACAACUCUUGCACAAGCCUUUUAUGAUAAAAUCUCUGAUCAAUUUAGAGAUAAAUGCUUUCUGAAAAAUGUUAGAGAGAUUUCUACAAGAGAAGGUAUCGUUGCAUUAACAAAAGAACUUCUUUUCAGUAUCUUGAAAAGAAUGGAUGUGCAUGAUAGUGAGAUAAGGCAUAGACUUUGUCGUAAAAAGGUUCUCAUCAUUCUUGAUGAUGUAGAUACGUUAGAACAAUUGCGAGCAUUGGUUGGAAGCAACAAUUGGUUUGGUCGAGGGAGUAGGAUCAUUAUAACAAUCAGGGACAAACAAUUGUUGAUUGCUCAUCAUGUCGAUAGAUGUUACAAGGUCAAGGAAUUGAGAAGUGAUGAUGCCUUUAAGCUUUUCAGUUGGAAAGCCUUCAAGAAUGAUCAUCCCCCAAAAGAUUAUAUAGAGUUAUCCCAUAACUUUGUAAAUUAUAGUAAGGGCCUCCCUUUAGCUAUUAAAGUUUUGGGUUCUUUCUUGUGUGGUCUAAGCCUUCAAGAAUGGGACAGUGCCUUUAGUAGAAUACAAGAAAAUCUUGACAAAGAUAUUAUGUCUGCUCUGAGAAUCAGUUUCGAUGGACUGCAUGAGAAGGAGAAGCAAAUAUUUCUUGAUAUUGCAUGUUUCUUCAAGGGGCAGGACAGAGAUGAGGUGACAAUAUUGUUGGAGGGUUUUGGUUUUGACCCAAUCAUUGGUAUAAUUGCUCUCAUUCGAAAAUCCCUCAUCACUAUAUUAGGGAGUAGAUUGUGGAUGCAUGAUUUGCUUCAGGAAAUGGGUUGGGAACUUGUUCGUGGGGAAUGUCUCAAUAAACCUGGGAAUCGUAGUAGAUUGUGGGAAUCCGCUGAUGCGCUUGAUUUACUAAAGUAUCAUGAGGGAUCAGAUGCAGUUCAGGGGAUAGUCCUUAGCUUGCCUCAAGAACAGAAGGAGCAAUUGAAACGUGAUGCCUUGUCAAACAUGAAAAAACUGAGAUUUCUUAGAAUAUCUAAUGUGCUCCUUCCUCUAGGCCUCAGUUAUCUAUCUACUGAGUUAAGAGCUCUUGAAUGGCAUGGAUAUCCUUUAAAGUUGUUGCCAACCGGUUUCCCAUCUGAGAAGCUUGUUCAGCUAGAUCUGUGUGGCAGCCAUAUCAAACACUUAUGGAAGGGAUUCAGGUGUGUAGAUAAGUUAAAAUCAAUUGAUUUGAAGGACUCUGCAAGUUUGAUUGAGACACCAGACUUCACGGGUGUGCCAAAUCUUGAAAAGCUGAUUCUUGAAGGUUGUGCGCGACUCAAAAGAUUUCCAGAAAUUGUGGGAGAUAUGAAUUGCUUGUCUGAAAUUUAUUUAGAUAGGAGUGGUAUAGAGGAAUUCCCAGUGUCAUUUGAGCGUCUGACUGGCUGCUCUAAACUUAUUGAAAUUCCUGAGAACAUUGGGAAUGUGGAAUGUCUUGAAGAGUCGGAUAUAAGUGGAACUGCUAUAAGGAAAAUGCCAUCAUCCAUUGUUUAUCUUAAAAACCUUAAAGAGUUAUCCUGCGUUGGGUGCGAUGGUCAACUUUCUACAUCGCUGCUCUUUCCCUAUCUUCCAGAAGUAUCCCCUGGAACAGGCGUGUUGUCACCUGCUUCAUUCUCUGGUUUUAGUUCUUUAAUGUCAUUGAAUUUAAGUUACUGCAAUCUGUUUGAUGGAGCCCUCCCUAAUUAUUUGGACCACAUGUCAUCAUUGAAGGAGUUGAAUUUACGGGGAAACAAUUUUACAAGCAUACCUGAAAGCAUUUCCCGACUUUCUAAGCUUCUAAAACUUCAGUUGGAUGGUUGUAGCAUGUUGCAGUCAUUACCAAAGCUUCCAUUGAGUUUGAAAGAGGUUUGGGCAACUGGUUGUAUGUCACUUGAAAGUGAUUCUGAUCAGUAUGAAGUAUUUUUUUCUAGUAAAGAAGUUGUUUGUGUUAACAAGCGCACAACAUCAACCAUAUGUUCCAUUCACAUGUCAUUAUCACAAUUUGCAGCAUGGCUGAACAGAUAUCAUACGGUUAAUGAGGUACAGGUUGAGAUUAGUGUACCAGUGAGAACUGCAUAUGGUUUAUCAAUUAGAGCUCGUGAAAUUCCAAAAUGGUUCAAAUAUAGGAGCAGAAACUUUUCUAUAACAAUCCCGCUUUUAAAGGACUUGAUUAAUAAGAGUAGGAUAUGGAUGGGAUGUGCUUUCUAUGUCGGUUUGGAAGUUGAUGAGAAUUUUGAUACCAGUUCUGGUUUUACAGUCAGGCACAAGUUUGAUUGUUGUUUUGAUGCCAUGGAAGGUCCUGGUUACAAACAAACUGUAUACCACGAGGUAAAUGCUAAAGGCUUCCUUUUCACUGGAUCACUUGGAUAUUGGAUAAUAAUACCACAUCUGUGGUUUUCAACAAGGUUGGAUGCCUUCAAUAAGUGUAGCAGCAUCGAGGCUUACACUAUAAUUGAUAGUCCUUAUGUGGAGGUUAAAAUGAGUGGUGCUCGUCUACUAUACGAAAGAAGAGAUUUUAUAGAGUUUGUCCAAGCAUCAAGAAGCGAGACUCGUGCUUCAAGAAUUAUGCAGAAUAAGGGUUCAUCUGGGCAAAGCGUUGCGGGAUUCAAGUACUACCUUAUUGUAGGCAGUCUCUUUCAUCCCCAGACCUCAUCGCUGUUAGGAGAAAUCCUUCAGAAAUAUUCUGGUCAGCACUCUGUGUUUUAUAGGGAAACAUUUCCUAGAUAUGGAAUUCCAGAAUGGUUCUGCAGUGUAAAUAGUUCCUCGGCAGCCUUCACUUUAAAUCCCAUGACUGGGUGGAAAGGAAUAGCUGCAUGUGCCGUUUUCACAGUCCUUGACAAUUUGGAUUCUGAAAAUCCUUACAUAAACUGUACUUUGGAAAUUGGCUGUCAGAGUAUUGCAAUAAGUGGAUGCAUCAAUGAAUCUCUUAUUAGUUUGAAGGUUCGUGGUUUCAUUGGUAUGUUUUAUGCAUCACGUGGGUCACUUUCAUAUCUUAUGUCAAAUGAUUGCACUUCCAUCAAAGCCUGGUUUGACAGCAACAGCAAGAACAUAAUGGUGCAGAGCUGUGGGCAUAAAAUUGUAUUCAAUGAAAAUAUGGAAGAAUUUAUGGAAACAAUGCUGCAAUGUUCACUCACAUCUAUGACUUCUCAGUUGUCAAAAGAUACAAUUAGAGAAGAAAAUAGGCCUACAGCUCGUCGUCUGAAAAUAGAAAAGGAGAAAAAGAAGUCUCCCUGGAGAUCAAUCUGUUGCUUCUCGUGGGCAGUUUCAAUACUCCCAUAG